UACCUUGGUUUGAAAUGUACAGUCUGUUGUCUUUCACGGGUUGGAUUUGACGGAGCCGACUUCAUCAGGUCUUCUUUACUACCUCUUGGUCUGCAAGAAGUCCUGAGCAGUCUUCCACAGGGACCUUUGCUGUUACAGGGGAGUUCUGGCUGCAGGCACGGAGACAUCCAGAGAGGUGAUGACAAGUGGAUAGACUGAUCAGCCAACUUCAUCAGGGGCUUCCAGGAAACAUUUCAUGAGAAGAGAAGUAAAGUGGUUGACUACACACCAUGAGUGCACGUGGGAGGAAGGGGGCUGCCAUCACUGUGGAGCAGAUACAGGGAGACAGGCUUACUCAGUUUGCCAACAAGUUAUGGGCACCACAUCGCACCGGUCCAACUCCAACAUUUGACCCACAGGUUGUUGAAGAUAUCUACAAGAAGGAUCUACUUGGUACCAAGUUUGCCAUCAGGAGGGUCAUGCUUCUAGAGUUCAGUCAGUACCUGGAAAACUUCCUGUGGCCAAACUACAACCCAGACAAGGCCACACAUGCGCACAUGAUGUCUGUAGCUGUCAUGGUCAAUGAAAAAUUCAGGGAGAAGGUGCCAGCAUGGGAGCCCUUUGUGAAGAAGCCUGACCACUUCCCAAUGUUCUUCCGGCGAGUGAUGUCCGCCAGCCUGCAGGAGGAAGGCAUUACUCUGAGAGAACAGACGGUCCUGCUGGUGUUCCUCAUCCACUGCUUCAACAGUCUGGAGGUGGACUUGGUGAGGGGACAAGUACAGCGACUGGUCUCCCUUCCCAUGUGGAUGAAUCUUCUUCCAGCUCGUUUACAGCAAGAACUGAAGGCUACACCAAAGUUGAAAAAGUUCUGGAAUGUGUUGAAAAAGGCUGACUCUCGAUUGAAUCCACCUGCUCUGGAGAGAUCUGUAUAUGACAGACAAUUUCUGUAUCACCUCAUGAAGAAAUUCUUUGGUACUUUGGACAACAUUCCUGCCACAGGACCAGUGGAAAUGGAUAAAGUCCACUACUGUGAGAGGUUCCUGGAGCUGAUGAUUGACCUUGAGGCGCUGCUGCCCACAAGGCGCUGGUUCAACACCCUGAUGGACGACUCUCACCUGGUGGUCAAGUGUCGGCUGUCCAAACUGACCAAAAAGGAGGAAGGCAGGCUCUUUAACCAGCUGCUGGACAGACUGAAGUUCUAUGCUGGUUUUGAGAUCAAUGACCAGACAGGGGAAGCCUUGACAGACCACAACAUGACAGACCUGCACUACAACAGGAUCACUUCACUACAGAGGGCAGUAUUCAAACACUUUGAAGAGCUUCAGAAGUUUGCCUUUGCAAAUGUAGCCAGUAUAGACACCAGGGAGGCCCUUCAGUCACACUUCAGCACAAUGAGUGCCAGGAAGUUGCAUGAAGUGUGUGCAUACUUGAACCUGCUGCCACAUCCUGAGGGAGAUGGAGAGAGUUCACCUUACAGCACCAACCUUCUACUGGAACUGUUGGUAUCACGCCAUGAGCGGAGACUGUCACAGCUGGAGGCCCUAAAUGAGAUGCCGCUUUAUCCCACUGAAGAGAUUCUGUGGGAUGAGAAUAUCGUUCCAACGGAGUAUUUCUCUGGUGAAGGUUGCCUGGCCCUGCCCAAACUCAACCUGCAGUUCCUCACUCUCCAUGACUAUCUGCUGAGGAACUUCAACCUCUUCAGACUGGAGUCCACAUAUGAAAUCAGACAAGACAUAGAAGAUGCGGUUGGCAGAAUGAAGCCUUGGAAAGCAGAGGAUGGAAGUGUGUAUUUUGGGGGGUGGGCCCGGAUGGCUCAGCCAGUGGUGGCCUUUGCUGUUGUUGAGGUGUCCAAGCCCCAUGUAGGGAAGAACCACCCCUCCAGGGUCAGGGCAGACGUGACCGUGAACCUGAACCUGAGGCAGCACAUCAAGCAGGAGUGGGAGUCUCUGCGGAAGCAUGACGUUUGUUUCCUGGUGUCUGUGCGCCCCACCCUGCCCAUCGGUACCAGGUAUAGUCACGACCAGCCGUUCGUACCACAGGUGGGCCUGACCUGUGUCAGGGGGUGCGAGAUCGAGGGCAUGCUGGACGAAAAGGGCAGGGUCAUUGAGGAGGGUCCUGAUCCAAAGCCAAACAUGCCAGGAGAAAACAGAACAUUCCGAGUGUGGCUGGACCCAAAUCAGUACCAAGGGGACAUGGCAAGGACAAUGGACGGUGCAGAGGAUGUGUAUGAAACCUUCAACAUCAUUAUGAGAAGAAAACCCAAGGAGAACAACUUCAAGGCUGUUCUGGAGACCAUUCGUGACCUGAUGAACACAGAGUGUGUGGUGCCAGACUGGCUACAUGAUGUCCUGUUGGGAUAUGGAGACCCCAGCUCUGCACAUUACACAAAGAUGGAUAACCAGAUAGCAGAGUUGGACUUCUGCGACACCUUUCUCAGCAUAGAUCACCUGAAGACCUGUUUCCCUGAGUACCAGGUCAAGGUCACCACUGAGGACCCCUCAAAACAACUGCCCCCUUUCAAAGUGGCCUUCCCAGAAGUGGCAGCCAAGAAGAGGAAGAGAGAAGAUGACAGUGGGGAGGCAGUGUCCACAGAUGGGGAGAGUAGACACAUUGUUGUGGAGCCAUACACCAUUCCUAACAGGGGGCCGUAUCCAUACAACCAGCCAAAAAAGAACACAGUCCCAUUCACCAGUACCCAGGUUGAGGCUAUUAGAGCUGGGAUGCAGCCAGGCCUGACUAUGGUGGUAGGACCCCCUGGUACUGGUAAGACAGAUGUGGCAGUGCAGAUCAUCUCCAACAUCUACCACAACUUCCCAGAACAAAGGACUCUCAUUGUCACACAUUCCAACCAGGCCUUAAACCAGCUGUUUGAGAAGAUCAUGGCCCUGGACAUUGAUGAGAGACAUCUGCUCCGUCUGGGUCAUGGUGAGGAGGCUCUGGAGACAGAGAAGGACUUCAGCAGGUAUGGCCGAGUGAACUUUGUGCUGGCGAGAAGACUGGAGCUGCUGAAGGAGGUAGCACGGUUACAGGAGAGCCUGGGGGUCCCUGGGGACGUGGCCUACACCUGUGAGACAGCAGGUCACUUCUACCUGUAUCAGGUACUGGCCAGGUGGGAGGAGUAUCUCAGCAAGGUCAAGAGGCCAGGACUGAGUAUCCAGGUCAUCAAGGAACACUUCCCCUUUGAGAAAUAUUUUGCCAAUGCUCCUCAGCCAAUAUUCAAAGGAAAGUCAUAUGAUGAAGAUAUGGACAUUGCAGAGGGAUGCUUCAGACAUAUUAAGAAGAUGUUUAAGGAGCUGGAGGAGUUCCGUGCCUUUGAGCUGCUGCGCAGUGGGCUGGACAGGUCCAAGUACCUGCUGGUGAAGGAAGCCAAGGUCAUAGCCAUGACCUGCACUCAUGCUGCCCUCAAGAGACAUGACCUUGUGGAGGUUGGCUUCAAGUAUGACAACAUCCUGAUGGAAGAAGCUGCACAGAUCCUGGAGAUUGAGACCUUCAUUCCACUGCUACUGCAGAAUCCAGAAGAUGGCUUCAGCAGGUUGAAGAGGUGGAUUAUGAUAGGAGACCACCACCAGCUGCCUCCAGUCAUCAAGAACAUGGCCUUCCAGAAGUUCUCCAACAUGGAACAGUCUCUCUUCACAAGGUUUAUCAGACUUGGUGUUCCUCCUGUUGAUCUAGAUGCACAGGGCAGAGCAAGACCAAGCAUCUGUAACCUGUACAACUGGCGGUACAAGAAGCUAGGCAACCUGCCCCAUGUACAACACUGGGAGGAGUACAGGCUGGCCAACCCUGGCUUCUGCUUCGAUUUCCAACUCAUCAAUGUGGAGGACUUCAAUGGAGUGGGAGAAUCUGAACCUAACCCUUACUUCUAUCAGAACCUUGCAGAAGCUGAGUAUGUUGUGGGCAUCUUCAUGUACAUGAGGCUGCUGGGAUACCCUGCGGAGAAGAUCAGCAUCCUGACCACUUACAACGGGCAGAAACAUCUGAUCCGUGAUGUCAUCAACCAGAGGUGUGGAGACAAUGCUCUCAUCGGCAGGCCCAGCAAGAUCACUACAGUAGAUCGCUUCCAGGGUCAGCAGAAUGACUACAUCCUUCUGUCCCUUGUGCGCACCAAGGCUGUCGGACAUCUCAGGGAUGUGCGACGUCUGGUAGUGGCCAUGUCUCGUGCCAGACUGGGCUUGUAUGUGGUGGCAAGGGUCUCACUGUUCCAGAACUGCUAUGAGCUCACACCUGCCUUCAACCUGUUGAUGGAAAGGCCACUGAAGCUGCAGUUGGCACCUAAUGAAACACACCCUACAUUGCGCAAGAAUGGGGACCCAACCUAUGAUACCCCUGUUGCUAUCCAGGACAUGCCCCACAUGGCACAGUUUGUGUAUGACAUGUACAACAGGCAGGUGCACCACAUGCAGGAGGCCAUGAGGGCAGAGCAGAGGAUGCAGAGAAGGUUCCGAGAACUGAGACCCCCUGUUAAGCCUAAACCAUCACUGAAGCCAGCUGCAGUGGAGGAGAAAGAGGAGAAGAUAGAGGAGGAACGGGAACAUGUGAAGAUGCCUGAACACCCAGGCAGGGACAGUGAUAGUGAGGGGGAGCAGGAGGAGGAUGGGCAGGACAAAAAGAAGGGGGGUGAGACCACAGGGGAUGGGACAGAGGGGGAUAGUAGCAAAACAGAUGUGGGAGACAAAAAGAGUGAAGAAGACAAAGACAAAAAGAACUAAUAUUGGACUUUAAGUCAAGUGGGAACUACUUACUUUUAUAUGUUUUAUUGUUAAGUCUACACUGCUUUGAUCAUGGAAGGGUACAAAUUGUUGGUCUGUGCUUUGAAUAGUCUUGUACUGAACCAAUGUAUUGCAUACAUUACUUGGACCAGGGGUCAAUUUAGUGUAUCUUCUGGAAUAGACUUACAAGAAAUAGGCAUGAAGCCUGCAUUGUGUGAAGGUAGAAACUUUGACCUUAAUAGUGAAGCAUCUAAGUUCUGUAAUGGAUAUCAUGAAUGGUAAUGUCACCAUACAAGUCAGUAUGUUGAUGCAGAAAUAAACAUGCAAGUCACACAGCUGUAAGAUAUGCUUAAACUGUCAUAUACUGAUGUCAUUCCAAUGAAUGAUUGCAUGCUUCUUUCCAUACUGUUUUACAGAAUAAAGGUCUGCCAGAGCUACAUGUACAACUGUAUUCUGUGUUUCAGUUUAGUUUGUUUUAUGGAAACUCAGCACAAAAAGUUUGGAAUAUUAACUUUGGUUAAUCA